UGCGCAUGAAGUGCUGUACGCGAACUUGAAGAGGAUUCUUUAUACACAGGCAAUGAAAGCGAAAUUUAUCCUCGGAUUGAUGCUGGUUUGCAGAUGAAGAUUUUCAUUGAAAUCUCCAUUGACCAUUGGAGUUUAAACGGCUCUUCGCUACAAUGUCACAACAUCUCCAAUUUAUAAGAAUCCGGGGUUUAUUUCAUACCGGAAUUAUUGUAAUAGCCGUGUGCUAUUGCAAUACCGCAGUAACUUGCGGUGAUAAAACACCAUUUUGCCGCCGCGUAAAAUUGGAACACGGGGUCUUUGAGGUGAGUUUUCUGACCAAUCAGCUGGACUCAUCGCUUCGCUUUUACUGGAGCAGGUGGACAUCAGAGCGAAGCGUUGACGAUUGUUUCACAAAUACCGACGCGACUUUGAUCGCGCGCUAUUCGUCGCUGUGCGGGGAGCGCGCGCAGGGCGCUGCGGAAAAACUGCCUCAAUUCAAUUUAAGCUUGAUCCUGGAAGAUGACAGCUUGUGUAAAUUCAAUACUAAUCCGCUAAGCAGUGUAGGUUCGCAAAACGAAGACGUAAAGAAAAUACAACAGAUGGACUCGAGCGUUAAAAGUCGCCAGAAACGCGCAUUGUUGCUUUUACCGGGAACCCUUUGGUGCGGCAGAGGCUCGAGCGCCAACAGCUAUGAGCAGCUGGGAAUGUUCGAGAAUGCAGACAGAUGCUGCAGACAACACGAUCAUUGUGAGCACAUCAUUCGAGCCUUCUCUGUCAACUUUGGUGUCUUCAACCCCACCCUGUUCACUAUCUCUCACUGUGACUGUGACCACAGAUUUAAACAGUGUCUUCUCGCUGGUAAUGACACCAUCUCCAACAUGGUGGGCUACAGUUUCUUCAACGCUCUUAAAAUCCGCUGCUUCGAGUUGUACCAAAGGAAACGAUGCACCCAGUUCAACUGGUUUGGAAUGUGCACAUCAUUUCAGGAGGCACCUGUAGCGGUACUGAAAGAUUCCACACCGUACAAUUCAACAAUUCCGAAUAAUGAAAGCCGCGACAUCACUGACCCGUCAUGCAAAGAAGAGCUAUUGAAAUCAUCACAUAAAAACAACCAAAGAAGCUCUACAUCCAAACAAAUGAGGCUGCACAAGGAGCAGAAGAACUGUGUUUCAGUCAAACAUGCGAAGCAAGACGCUUUUCAGCUCAGUCAAAAGUCAGUAAAGAAAAGUGAUAAAAAGAAGAAAAUACAAGCGGCCAAACCUCGAAAAACUGUGUGGUCAAACUCACCCUUCACACCGUCACCCCAAACUCACACGUCCACGAUAAAGCAGAGGACAUCUUUGAAAAACAAACAGAAAAGGAAAGACAUUGAGAGAAAGGCAAUCGUCACUCCCUCGUCUGUAUCUGUAACAAAAUCACUCCUGAUUCGAAAGACAUCUACCACCGCUCCAUCAAAACAAACGGUGGUAACAAAAUCGAGUCUUCAAAGAAAGAAAAACAAAACAAAAUCUCACAGCAGAAGUGCAGUAACAUCUAGAAAAUCAAAGAAAUGUACAACUAAACACAGCCCGUUUCAUACUUCAAGACAAGAUCAUUACCAGCAAAAACAUCACCGAGGCAAGAAUACUUCCAAAAGAUGAGACGUCCUCAUUCAGUGUGAAACUCCCGCUCGUGUUUCUCAUUAUCAACAGAAGAGUUUUGUAGGUCAUGAAAAUGUAGGACUGUACUGUAAAGAAUUUAUUUUUCAGGUGUGUUGUCAUGUUAAAACGAUGUAAGGCAGCACGGUUACACUUCUACCAGAGGUCAAAUAAAACAACAGCAAACUGAUACGGAGUUCUUCGCUCCCCUCAUUAAUGAUAGGUGUUGUUUAAAUCUGUUUGAUUGUGUCUGGGCAGCACGAACAACACAACCGUGUAAGACAGAAUUUAGAUUCUGGUGGGCUGGAUUUGGGCAGAGUUCCUAACAAGAUUCGCUGACAUGAUGUAUUUUUAAAUUCAAUGUUUAUGUCUUGCCCAGAAUAUCUUGUCGUAGUUAUACAACAAAUAUUCUGAUGAUUUAACAGAUGGUGCAGUGGAAAGUUUUCAUGUUCAAAUUCAGCGACUGGGCCUCUGCAGUCUCAUCUAACAAACUUUUCGUAUCGUAACAACCAGUAAAUGAGUUCAAUAUGGGCAGAUAUGCUUACAGAUUACUGCUACAGUCACGGACUUUGCUUUUUUGUGUGUUUUAAAUGACUAACCAAAUAGUUUUUCUCAAACAACUGCAGUCUUGUGCUGAAAAAACGGUUUGGAUUUGCCAGACAAUGACAAGAUUGCACAAAUAUACUGUAGAUGAUGAUGGUAAAUGUAACAGUUGUUUGUAAUAUUCACAGAAGCCUUUUUUUAGGAUUUCAUUUAAUAAAUACAUAUUUAUAAAACCAUAGACUAUUUAAA